AAACACGGAGUUAGAGGUGUGAUAAACACUGUGUUAUCAACUCCUGGCAGGGCUGGGGGAACCCCUCCCUAAUCAGAACAUCCUGAUGGGACCUGGUCAUGUCCCCCUCAUCUCAGCCCUUUGAAAGGGAAAGGAGGGCUGCUCUAGCACCCCCUGGCUUCUAGCCUGAGCCACUGCAGGCAAAUACCGGAAUUUCCUCAGUUUAGAGGGGAUGUCUGCACAAUUACAAACUGGUUUAACCUAGCCAGGUUAAACUAACCUGCAAAGAUUGAAUCAAUUCAGGCUCAGGCUUUUUUGAAUGUCUGUCCCUAGCCCUAAAGGCCAAAUACCUAUUUGGGUUUUAAAAUUGUUUGGAGUGGUUUACGAAGAUGUGCUUCAAAAAUAAAACAGAGCACACUGAUGACAGAGAGUUUCUAUUUCUCAUGGAAACACUUCCCUUCUUGUUGAAACAAACAGGAGAAUACCAAAUGUUACAUGUGAACAUUAUGACAGCUAGUUUCCAGGAAGGCAUAAUUUUAUAUGCAAAUCAAACUGAAAGUGCAAUUGGUGCUGAAAAGGGUGGAGUGCUGGAAUGAAGACAAAACUGCAGUGAAGCACAAAACAGCUCAUUCCACUGUGAUCCUUCGCAAAUACAACUUCUGUUACCAGUCUGCUGACAAAACUCAGCUUUUGCCAUGGUGUGGGACGGAAACAACUCAAUGGAAUACUACGAUGAAGCUGAAUCAAAUUUUACUAUAGAUUAUGAUCAGUUUGAAACACUUUGUGAAAAAGAGGAAGUGAGAAAAUUCACUAAAGUGUUCCUGCCUGUAUUUUACUCACUGGCUUUCAUUGUUGGAGUUGCUGGGAAUGCAUUAGUAGUGGCAAUCUAUUUUUACUGUAAGAAACUAAAGACUAAGACAGAUAUGUACAUCAUGAACUUAGCAAUUGCUGAUUUGCUCCUGCUAUUCACUCUUCCUUUUUGGGCUGCAAGUGCAGUUCAGGGGUGGGUGCUUGGAAAUAUCAUGUGCAAACUCACUUCUGCAUUAUACACAACAAAUUUCAGUUCAAGCAUGCUAUUUCUGGCUUGUAUUAGUGUAGAUAGAUAUAAUGCCAUCUCCAAACCUCAAAGUCAGAGACGAGUUAGGAAGCAAUGCAACAUAACCUGUUUCUGUGUCUGGAUGACUGCCAUUUCACUGAGUAUCCCUGAACUGAUUUUUAACACGGCCAAGGAUAUCAAUGACAGGUAUGAAUGCCUACCAGUGUUUACAGUAGACAUGGGAAAAUCCUUCAAAGCAAUCAUUCAAAUCCUGGAAAUUAUGCUGGGCUUCAUGCUACCCUUCUUAGUCAUGGUGCCCUGCUAUUCAGCUAUGGCCAGAGUCCUCUUCAGGUCUCCAAAUGUUAAAAAAUGUAGGCCUAUCAGGGUUCUUCUAGCAGUAGUAACUGUUUUCAUUGUCACCCAACUGCCUUAUAACAUAGUAAAGUUCUGGCGAGCCAUAGAUAUCAUCUACUUGCUGAUUACAGAUUGUAACAUGAGUAAAACCAUGGAUGUUGCACUUCAGAUAACCAAAAGCAUAGCUUUAUUUCACACCUGCCUGAAUCCAAUUCUGUAUGUCUUUCUGGGAGACUCUUUUAAAAUGCACAUUCUAAAAUCAGCAAAAAAAUAUGGCUAUUGGAGGAGAAGACACAGUGAAAUGACUGAAGAGAUCUCGAUGAAUUAUGACAAUCAGACAGCAGAAACAAGCAGCUUUUCAAUAUAGCAGCUAUGACAGCCUAAAUAUUCUGCGUAACAAAAGGAAAUCCAAGACUACCGCUUCCGGGGGUAUCUCUCUUCCUUGAUGCAAUUUCCACGCAAGAAUUACUCUUUAAGUCUCAAAUGAUGUUCUGGCACAACCUGCCAAGAUACUGUGAAGAAGGUCAAAAUGUAUAAAAAUAAAAGCCAUAUGGCAAAGGUAUUAGAAACAAUGGAAACUUACGUGAAACAACAGAAGGUGGAAAAGGUAUUGGGAACAACAGGAAUUUCCAUGAAAAAGCAAUAUUAAACGGAGCAGUCUGUACUGCCAUUAAGUUGACGAGGGAUGAAGCGAUUAUACAUGUCAAGUAUACAUUCAGUAUGUUGGAAGGAAAGAAAAAUCACCAGCAAAAGACUAUUUAACAUCUUAAAGCAAAAAGUACUGUAACUAACCUUACGUCCUUUAAAAUGUAACAUUCUAGAUAUGUAUCUCAAACAUUCUAGAUAAGUAUCGCAAAACCACUUCUGGACUCCCUGAUUUAAACUGUUUCCCUGAGUCUGCAGUUCCAUUUAUCCUCAACUGUCACUUCAGAAAUGGGCUUGCAGGUUUGCACUAAGGGAGUAGAUAAUGUCUGGUAUUUCUCAGAAACAAGAGAAAACAGCAAGGUAUUUGUUCUCUGUGUACAAAUGCAGGUGGCAUAUUUAAAAAAAAAGCUUCUUUUGUAUAACUAUAUAAAAUUCUUUUUUUAUAAUAUUUUUCUUGGACCAUAUUUCAAAGAAUCUAACUUCCCAUUAUAGACACAUGCCAAGUACUUCAUUAUAAUUCUUGGUUCAUGUAAGCUGAUUACUGGGGCCUAGGUUUUGUCAUUUCUUGCAAAACCAUUCAUCUUUCUGUAGACUUACAAAAUCUCAGACUAAAAGAUGUAAGGAAAAGGGCACAUCUACACAAGAUGUUUCCUGCAGUUGCCUAAUUAGCU